AUGUCAGUCGGUAUUCUUUUCAUUACUAAUGUAAAUCCAUCAAUGUCAUCGACUCCUUUUGCCAUUAUCAAUGAUGUCAGCUAUUUUACAAUGGAAAAAGAAAUUUUAUUUUCUAUGCAGACUAUUUUUCGUAUUAAUGAUAUAAAACCAAGUGGCACCAACGAUCGACUCUGGUACAUCCAUCUUACACUGACAAAUGAUAGUGAUCAACAACUCAAUGAUUUAAUUGAACGUAUUCGAGUAGAAAUUCAAGGACCAUCAGCAUUGUAUCGAUUAGGUACAUUGAUGGUAAAACUUGCACUUGAAAUCUUUGUUAAAAAACGUCAACCAAUUCAUCCAUUAUUGGCUACUUCAUAUAAUAAUAUUGGUUUAGUAUAUGCAAACAUGAAAAACUAUUCGGAAGCAGUUGCUUCGUAUAAACGUGCAGUUGAAAUUGAACAACAAGCAUUACCUGCUCGUCAUGCGAGUUUCGAAGUAUAUAAACAAAAUAUUGAAUCUAGUCGAAAGAAAGGAAAGUAA